AUUGCAGGUGGCAUUAUGCGCGAGAGCUUGCGCCGGCUGGCUUCAGACGAGGGCAUCAGGGAGCGGCGGGCAGGCGGAGACACGCGUCGGGUCCGCGUCGAGCUCAUGGACGGAGACCACAUCACCGUCGAAGUUCAUCGUAAGGCGCGAGGGGCCGAUCUGCUGGAUAAAGUGUGCGACAGUUUGGACAUUGUCGAGAAGGACUACUUCGGCCUCCUGUACUUGCUGAGGGGUGACCCGCGCGUCUGGGUCGACCUUGGCAGGCGACUCUCGAAAACUUUCAGGAAUGAGCCCUGGGACGUGCGGUUUGCGGUUAAAUUUUACCCCCCGGAGCCGUCAGAACUUCAGGACGAUAUGACCAGAAACCAACUGGUGCUUGCCGUCCGUCGAGACUUGGUUGAAGGUCGACUGAACUGUUCCAGUAUUACCUACGCACUACUGGCUUCGUACAGACUCCAAGCGGAGUUGGGAGACUACGAGCCGGGGAGGGUGUCACCGGCACUGCUCGCUGAAAGUGGACCCAUACCUCUCAGGGUCUUCACACCGGACAUGGAGGAGAGAGUCGAAGAACUGUACAAGAAACACAGAGGUCAAACCCCGGCGGAGGCAGAGAGUCGAUAUUUGGAGAGCGUCAAGAGAUUGCCUUUAUAUGGUGCUGAGCUGCAUUGUGCCCGGGACAGUUCCGAGGUGGACAUAGUGCUAGCUGUGUCGGCUCCAGGAGUUGCUGUCCAUAGAGAUGGGUAAGAUGUGUAAAUAGCCAUUUAAGGAUAAAGGCUUUUUAAUACUGUGACAAUGGUACAGGCAUAUUCGCCGUGUGGUCCCGGCAUACCAAUUAUA